AUGAUAAGACCCAGCCGUACCUUAAUAUCUAGCCGUAUUUUGGCAACCGUAUUUAAAUUUACGUUUUACGUUAUUAUUUCGUUUUACGAAGAAAUUAUCGAGAAGACCCUGGAAAAGAUAUACCGACCGAAACCACCUACGAUAGAAGAAAGUAACGACGAUGAAGCAGAGAAAAAACUUGUUUUUCUUCAAUAUCGAGGGAAGGUGACGGAGAAAUUUGAACGCUCGUUAAAACGCAUCAAUGCACCAUGCAAAAUUGUCUCUACAAUUAAGAAAAUAAAAUCAGUUCUACCAUCAUUGAAAGCACCUGUGGCGAAGCCUAUGCAAAGCGGUUUAGUGUACAACAUAACGUGUUCACGAUGUCUAUCGUGUUAUGUGGGGCAGACUACCCGACAUCUUCUAACCCGUAUCAAAGAGCAUAAAUUUACUGCUGUGGGACGUCAUUUCAAGACAUGUAAUGUGGAGCUAUCGAUCAAUCAUGCAGAAAUAAUUGCAAAAUCGAUUAAGUCGGAAUAUCAUUUAAUGACACUGGAGGCACUUUUCAUUCGGAAAUAA